AUGAAAAUAGACCCAGUUGCUUACAAUCUCACUCAAGAUAAAGAUAGGUGGCGGUCGGUCUCGAGCCAAUCAGUCAGUCGUUGGGCCAAUGCUUUCUCUUUUCAGUCAACGUUACCUGGAAUAUUGAUGGAUUAUAGUCCUGCGAAUUUGUGUUGUGUUUUGAAAUUCGACGCUCAAUGUGGCGCGUGCAAGGGCCACAUGUUCGAAAUACUAAGAUGCAUUGAAGGGGUGUACGAUGUGGCAAUGGAUGCACAAAGUAAAACAGUAAAGAUCAUGGGGCAGGUGAAUCCAAAUUACUGCCUCAAAGCCUUAACAAGAUGCGGAAUGCACGCAGAACUCGUAUGGGCAAACCUGAGCCACCCGAAGAUGCAAAAGGACUCCUCAUAUCACUAUCGUGAUUACAAUCGUAACUAUAGUGAUGGCCGUAUUAUGUACAAUUAUAGAACAGCCGAACCCUAUGGCUAUAGAAGAUCGUUGCCCCAAGGCAUGUGGCAUGAGACACCCAGUGGCUACCCAAUGAUGAUGGGGAAUAACGUAUAUUCCACCAACACAUACUAUGAAGAAUCUAGGCGCAAUCCUCUUCUCGACUAUUACAAUCAAGAAUCCAUGAGUUUAUGUAGCAUACUGUGACUGUCUUGUUAUUCUUAUGGUUUAGCAUUUUUUUUAAGAAUGGGAUUUAACUUUUAGCAUUGAGGACUUAUUGGUGCUGAUUUUGUUGCCAAAUGUUUGAUGAUUAAGGUGUUGAUUAGAGUUGUGUGCCACCUUCCGGGCCAACCCAAACGGUGGGGCUCUCGUAAAGAUUAUCAUCUUUCUGUACAUAUGGAUACAUCUUUCCUUGUGGGGCUACGCCAUAUUCUCCUACUAUUUAAUGGUCUUUAUAUGGACGAGCCCUUUUAAUAGCCACUUGUUUUACGUUUAUUAUAUAUAUUUUGGAUUUGGAUCUCAACUUUCAAUUAAGCGUGGAUUGAUUUUUUUCGCCAA